UGGUCUCAAACACUUCUCUCUCUCUCUCUCUAUAUAUAUAUAUAUAUACACAUACAUCUCCUGUUGCUUUUGCCCUCACUCUCUGCCAUUUUUUUUUUCUAUCUACUUGUUCGGACCAAAAAAAAAAAAACUAACCUAAAGCUAAGCUUCUCGAACUCACAAACCCAUUGUCUAUUUUUAGCGACCUUCCUCCUCCCAUUACCUUUCGCUCUCUCUCUCAGAGCUCGAUCUCCAUCAAUGGCAUCCGUCCUGUUUUCCUUCUGAGUCAACUCAUCUCGAGUCUUAAUAACUCGGGACUUCUUCCUUUUACCCGCUUCCUUUUUGCUCAUUAAUCUCCGAGUUCUUUUCCGUAAAAUGGCGGAGACGACGACAGGGCUGGCGGAAGCCAAGGCGGUUCCGCCGGAGGCGGAGAAGAAGAAGGAACAGAGCUUACCUUUCUUCCAGCUUUUCUCAUUCGCUGACAAAUAUGAUCAUCUAUUGAUGAUCACUGGUUCUUUAGGAGCCGUUGUUCAUGGCUCCUCCAUGCCCGUCUUCUUCUUGCUCUUCGGUGAAAUGGUCAACGGAUUCGGCAAAAACCAGAUGGAUUUGCAGAAAAUGACCAGCGAAGUCUCCAAAUAUGCUCUGUAUUUUGUCUACCUGGGUCUCGUGGUAUGCUUCUCUUCAUACGCAGAGAUCGCAUGCUGGAUGUACACUGGAGAAAGACAAGUAGGUGCCCUGAGGAAGAGGUAUCUUCAAGCUGUUCUGAAACAAGAUGUCGGAUUCUUCGACACUGAUGCAAGAACCGGAGACAUUGUCUUCAGUGUUUCCACAGACACUCUCCUUGUCCAAGACGCCAUUAGCGAGAAGGUUGGCAAUUUCAUACACUACCUGUCAACAUUUUUGGCGGGACUCGUGGUUGGUUUUGUGUCCGCAUGGAGAUUGGCUCUGUUGAGCGUUGCGGUGAUACCCGGAAUCGCUUUCGCCGGCGGUUUGUACGCUUAUACACUCACCGGAAUCACGUCCAAGAGCCGAGAGUCGUAUGCCAACGCCGGUGUGAUCGCCGAACAGGCAAUUGCUCAAGUUCGAACUGUCUACUCAUAUGUCGGGGAGAGCAAGGCCCUGAGUUCGUACUCCAAUGCGAUUCAAUACACGCUUAAGCUCGGAUAUAAGGCUGGGAUGGCGAAAGGCUUGGGUUUGGGAUGUACAUAUGGAAUUGCAUGCAUGUCAUGGGCUCUGGUAUUCUGGUAUGCCGGCGUUUUCAUCAGGAAUGGACAGACUGAUGGAGGGAAGGCAUUCACUGCCAUAUUCUCUGCCAUUGUCGGUGGAAUGAGCUUGGGACAAUCGUUUUCGAAUCUUGGGGCUUUUAGCAAAGGCAAGGUGGCUGGUUACAAGUUGAUGGAGAUAAUCAACCAAAGACCCUCGAUAAUCCAAGACCCGUUUGGUGGAAAAUGCUUGGAUGAAGUUCAUGGAAAUAUCGAAUUCAAAGAUGUAACCUUUAGCUAUCCUUCACGGCCUGAUGUUAUCAUCUUCAGGAAUUUCUCUAUUUUCUUCCCUGCUGGGAAGACUGUGGCUGUGGUCGGUGGCAGUGGCUCUGGCAAGAGUACUGUUGUAUCCCUCAUCGAAAGAUUUUAUGAUCCAAACAAUGGGCAAAUAUUUUUGGAUGGCGUAGAUAUAAAGAUCCUUCAAUUGAAAUUUUUGCGUGAUCAGAUCGGGCUUGUGAAUCAAGAACCUGCACUCUUUGCUACCACUAUAUUCGAGAAUAUACUCUAUGGAAAGCCUGAUGCAACAAUGGUUGAGGUUGAAGCUGCUGCUUCUGCUGCAAAUGCCCAUAGCUUCAUUACCUUGCUUCCCAAUGGCUACAACACUCAGGUUGGAGAACGAGGGGUUCAACUCUCCGGUGGUCAGAAGCAGAGAAUAGCAAUCGCUAGGGCAAUGCUGAAAGACCCGAAGAUUCUUCUUCUAGAUGAAGCUACAAGUGCUCUUGACGCUGGCUCUGAAAGCAUUGUUCAGGAAGCACUAGAUAGACUCAUGGUAGGGAGAACAACAGUUGUGGUUGCUCAUCGACUUUGCACCAUAAGGAAUGUUGAUUCUAUUUCGGUUAUACAACAAGGGCAAGUCGUUGAAACUGGAUCUCAUGAAAAACUCAUUGCCAAAGCCGGAGCAUAUGCCUCUCUCAUCAGAUUUCAAGAAAUGGUGGGAACCCGUGAUUUCUCGAACCCGUCAACACGCCUCUCCCGCUCGACCCGGUUGAGCCAUUCGCUCUCGACGAAAUCUCUCAGCCUUAGAUCAGGAAGUCUGAGAAACCUGAGCUAUUCCUACAGCACUGGAGCUGAUGGCCGGAUUGAGAUGAUUUCUAAUGCUGAGACUGAAAGAAAAGCUCGUGCACCUGAUGGCUACUUCUUCCGGCUUCUCAAGCUAAAUGGCCCGGAAUGGCCUUACUCUAUCGUUGGAGCUAUCGGCUCUGUCCUUUCUGGCUUCAUUGGCCCAACAUUUGCUAUUGUGAUGAGCAACAUGAUCGAGGUUUUCUACUACAGAAACUAUGCUUCGAUGGAGAGAAAGACAAAGGAGUACGUUUUCGUUUACAUCGGUACUGGUCUCUAUGCGGUGGUUGCAUAUUUGAUCCAACACUACUUCUUCAGCAUAAUGGGAGAAAACCUCACCACAAGGGUUAGAAGAAUGAUGCUAUCAGCUAUACUGAGGAACGAGGUGGGAUGGUUCGACGAGGAGGAGCACAACUCGAGCCUUGUUGCUGCAAGAUUGGCAACAGAUGCGGCCGACGUGAAAUCUGCAAUGGCGGAGAGAAUAUCGGUGAUUCUGCAGAACGUUACCUCACUUCUCACAUCCUUCAUUGUUGCAUUCAUUGUGGAAUGGAGGGUGUCUCUUCUCAUACUCGCUGCGUUCCCUUUUCUUGUUCUUGCCAACUUUGCUCAGCAACUGUCUCUGAAAGGCUUUGCUGGAGACACGGCCAAGGUUCAUGCAAAGACAUCAAUGAUAGCCGGUGAGGGAGUCAGCAACAUUAGGACGGUAGCUGCCUUCAAUGCUCAGGACAGAAUCCUUUCUCUGUUCUGUCACGAGCUUCGUGCCCCUCAGAGAAGAAGCCUGAGUCGCAGCCAAACCUCGGGUUUCCUCUUUGGCCUCUCCCAGCUUGCUCUCUAUGGAUCCGAGGCUCUUAUCCUCUGGUAUGGUGCCCACCUCGUGAGCAAAGGCGUCUCGACCUUCUCCAGAGUGAUCAAGGUGUUUGUUGUUUUGGUCGUCACUGCAAAUUCAGUAGCUGAAACUGUCAGUCUUGCUCCUGAAAUCAUCCGGGGUGGUGAAGCAGUAGGUUCGGUUUUCUCCAUCUUGGACAGGCAAACCAGGAUUGAACCGGAUGAUCCUUAUGCUGACCCGGUUGAGACAAUCCGUGGGGAAAUCGAGUUCAGACAUGUCGACUUUGCUUACCCGUCAAGGCCUGACGUGAUGGUGUUCAAAGACUUUAACCUCAGAAUCCGAGCCGGGCAAAGUCAGGCUCUCGUCGGGGCAAGCGGGUCGGGAAAAAGUUCCGUGAUUUCACUGAUCGAGCGUUUCUAUGACCCUGUAGCCGGGAAAGUAAUGAUCGAUGGGAAAGAUAUCCGGAGGAUAAACCUCAGGUCCCUGAGGCUAAAGAUUGGUCUUGUCCAACAAGAACCCGCCCUUUUUGCGGCAACCAUCUUCCACAACAUCGCGUAUGGGAAAGACUCUGCAACAGAAGCCGAGGUCAUUGAAGCAGCACGAGCAGCCAACGCUCAUGGCUUCAUCAGCGGAUUACCUGAUGGUUACAAGACUCCGGUGGGCGAAAGAGGAGUACAGUUGUCCGGUGGGCAGAAACAGAGGAUCGCUAUCGCAAGAGCCGUGCUGAAGAACCCUACGGUUCUGCUACUAGACGAGGCAACAAGUGCACUGGACGCAGAGUCAGAAUGCGUGUUACAAGAGGCUAUAGAGAGGCUCAUGAGGGGUCGGACCACAGUGGUGGUGGCUCACCGGCUCUCGACCAUUAGAGGGGUCCAUAGGAUCGGUGUGAUCCAAGACGGCCGGAUCGUGGAGCAAGGCAGCCACUCGGAGCUCAUCACCCGACCCGAGGGAGAGUAUUCGAGGCUUUUGCAGCUUCAAAACCAUAGGAUUUGAAGAAUGUCUGGUUUUAACACGUGUAAUUUUCUCUCCGGAUUUCUCUGUGGGAUUCUAUCUACGAUCGAUGAUAUGAUCGUAUAAAAUGGGUGUAGAUAUAUUGAAAGCUUUAAGAGUAAUGGGGAUUCUCAUGCUUUUUUGGCAGAAGAAGCUUGUGUGGUAUGAGAGGAAUGGUUGUCAUUUUAUAAAUUUAUAUUUUAAUCA